AUGGAAUCAGAUGAUGAUAAAGAUAGCGAACCAAGUAAUUCAGAAUAUGAUACAGCUGAUGAAGAUCUCGAUGUCUAUUUUGAAAAAAUUAAUAAUCCAUACAUUAAUAGAAUAUCGGAAGCUAAAAAAUUUAAUGAAGGUGAAAUAUGUGAUUAUUACGUAUUUGUUUCUAAAGGAUAUUUUGCUGAAGGUGAGCCAUUAGCUUUCUUUGAAUCAAUCGAAGGAAAGAUUUCCAAUGUUUACAAAAAAGAGUUAGCUUUAAAGGGUGGAUUAAAGGUAAGAAUUAUGUUAUGUGCAAAUAUGAAACAAAUUAAACUGGAAAAUUCAGAACCUUUAUUCUAUACUUUUCCUUUCAAGUAUGAAACAAUAGAAAUUAUAAGAGAAGAUCGAAUUGAAGCUAUUAUAGAAAAAGAAUAUAAUGAAAUUAUAGAUGAAAUACAAGAUAAGGUGUUACAAGAAUCUGGAUGGUCAUUUGUCCAAGUAGAAGAGGUAUUUCUUGAAAUAAGCAUAUUAAAAUCAUUGCAAAGAAGUAGUUAUCUACCUUUACCAGAAGUUUUAGAUAAGCCACAACUAGGAUUAAUUAAUUCACAAAAUAGGGAUGAUAAUGAGUAUUUUAAAUGGUGUAUAAGUACAUAUCACACAAGAAAGGAAAUAUUAAAAGCUAAUAGAAAGUCACCACAUCUUAAUGAAAUCUGGAGACUUAGACGAAAUGCAAAUAUAGCAAAUUUUGAUGGUAUAAAAUUUCCAGUAACACUCCAUGAUAUAGAUAAAUUUGAAGAAAACAAUUCUAAUUAUGUUAUCAAUAUAUUUAAACUAUUUUAUAAAGAAGUUUUCAGAAAAAUAAAAGUAGAUAUAGAUCCAUUACAUAUUUCAAAACGUAAUUAUCAAGUAGAGCAUAUGAUAGAUUUAUUAUAUUUAACAGAAGGUGAAGAGAGUUUAAAUAAUCAAAAAAAAUCAAAAUGA